AUGUCCAAACCUAACUGGUCCCCAAUUGCCGGCCUGAACCUUUCAAAAAGCUUGCGUAGUCAGGUGCGGGAUUUCCUGGUAGUUGCGUGGUGUAUCCUACUGGUCGGAUCUAAGAGUCAUAUUUUGCAGGCUUCUGAUUCCAAGACGGGCUCUAAUCAAACAUCUCCUCCAACAAACGCUUCUGCUGAGGGGUGUGUGACAUAUUCUCACAAUCUCUCCCAUCCUCCGUGGAAGAGCAAGGAUGAUUACAACAGCAUGGUAGAUUGGAGAGUUCCAAGAGUCAUAUCGGACGACCGAAUCACAGUGGCCUUCAACGGUGCUUGCAAUGAAGCCCGCUCACUCAACAACCUCAAUCAUCAAACCAAUCCUCUUCCCUGGUGUCGGAACGGUGUCAAUCCACACCAUGAGGCAUACGCCUCAGCAAAGUACAAUGUACAUGUCCUCCAAGAAGCAAAGGAUGCCACAUCGUCAGGCAAGGAUGAAGGCCUCUGUCAUCUCUUGGCAGAUUCCAAUGAGGAUCCAGUGGACCCGGGCAUUUCUGUUGCGUGUAUUCUUGUGGCUCGCAGGGAGACCCAAUUUCCGACAUCUUCCUCACCCUCCACCAGUCAAUUAAUCCCGACUCAUCCUACUCCCACGGAAAGCGAAGCUCAUGUGAAUCCCCUCAUUCGCAAAACCUCACCAGUCAAGCACAACAGCGAUUCCGUUGUCAAACCUCCAACCAGACCCCGAUUCCACCCCAUUCAUGAUGGGGGUUUUCCGGAAUUGGAGCAACUGGAAUAUUUUGAUGAUGGGGAAGAGAUCCUCAUCAGGCCCGAUCGUAUUCCUUCCUCCUCUGUGAAAGUGCCCAGCUCAGGUCAUAAAGCGAAAGAUGAAACAUCCCAAUCACCUCGUGCACGCAAGUCUGGUGGUAAACGCUCAGUGGGGGCUGCCGCACCUACUACCUCGAUUGGUGCCCUGGUUGGGGCUUCGCCAAAUGCCCCAACCACAUCAACUGCUGUGAUCGUCUAUCCUGCGCCUUUCCGGCAUCCGUUUUCUCGUCUGACUUCUCCCAGCUCACCUGGGUCCUGGUUGGCCAAGGUGACUCAACCAAGUCAGUCACCUCCCCUCGUAUCAGUUCAACCUAAAGCUGACUCCAUCCAUGUUCACAAACAUUUUCUCACAGCGCCGGGUCAACAGUCGCCAGUCAACCCCAAUGACGGUGAGCUCCGGCCCUCGCCUCAAACCGUUGAGGCCGGCCCAAUCUCGAUUGCCAAGCCGCGCAAAAAGGACAACAGCCCUGAGACUGCGUCCGGACGGUUCCAUUGGGGUGAACCGGGACGCCUAGACGUGCUCUGGCUAUUGAUCCUAGCCUCUUUCGAACCUUUCGCAGUGGCCAAGGAAAUGGUGGAGCGUUUCCGUCAAUGUACCAUACUUCUGACAUACAGGUACGAGAGCCUGAAAACUUGGCUCCGCAAGGUCGAAGCCAAGUCUCUGGUGGCUAGUGGCACUCAGGAGGUUGAUGGCGAGUUGCAAAAGUGGAUCAAGCGCUUGGAGGUUAAGGAGGAGAGUUAUGAGUGGAGUAUUCGGGUCUGCUUUUUGAAGGGCACUGCGAAGACCGGAGCCAUAAGAGCCAUAAGUUGA